AUGAUUUAAUCGAAAAUGAUAGAAAAAGAAGAGGAACUUCAAUGCUCUUUAAAACAUAAACUUCCUGUUCUUAUGAUUGCUUGUGAUAGAAAAUUAAAGAGAAACUAGAGACUUUUAUGCUCUGAAUGCAUGGAAAAUCUUGAAUCAAAAGCCCAAUUAAUGAGUUUUAAAAAAGUCCUAUAGAAUAUUGAGGAAAAUCAAAAAUAAAAGAAAGAAAACGUUGAGAAUGUGAUAAUGGGUAGUAUCAAACUGAUUGAAGAACUCUAAAAAGAUCUUUUUUUAUUAAAAUCUAAUGUUGUUUAAUCAUUAGAUUAAAUAAUUGGAAAUGUAGAUGAAUGGAUCAGACAUAUAAUAUUAAUUGGGUAAUAAAAUGUUACUUAUAGUUUUUAUAAUGAAUUGGAUAAUCUUAUUAAUUAAGAAAGAUUAGCAGAAUUCGGUUAAAAAUAACUAAUUGAUCAAAUUAAUUAAAUUUAAUAAUCUUGGAAUCAAAAAAUUGAAAAGAAACUAAAUCUAUUUAAAUAAUUUUCAGAAGGUUAAAAAUGCAAAAACAUAUUACAACAAUUAAUAGAUGUCAAUGAAACAGAAGAGAAUUAAGGAAAGAUAAAAGUGACUUAAGAAAACUAUGAAAUUAGUAUUUAGAAUUUUUAGGAAAUGAUUUAAGUUGAGAAUAAAUAGAAGUAAUUAGAAUAAUAAUUGAUGAUGUAUAAAUAAGUUCAAUUUAAUUUAAUUGAUGAUUCAAAUUAAUAGAUUGGAAUAUGUUUUGCAAUAGUGUUCAAUAAAGAUGGAUCAAUUAUGAUUUCAUGUGAUAGUAAUGAAAUUAAAAUAUGGAAUUUUCAAUAAGGAACAUUUAAAUUAUCUAAUUCUUAUAAUAAACAUAGCCAAGCUGUUAGUUGUUUAGUGUAUAGCAAGAAAACAAAUAACUUUAUUUCUGGUUGUUACAAUAACUAAAUUAUAUGUUGGUAAUAAAUUAAUCAAAAUGAGUGGAAGUGCUCAUAACCAUUUGAAUAACAUGAUAUUGUUCAUUGUUUAUUAUUAAAUAAAUAAGAGGAUCAACUCAUUUCAGGAGGAGAUGAUCGUAAAAUAAUAGUAUGGAAAGUAGAUUUUAUUAACAAUGAUCUGACUUUUCUGUAUUCCUUAGAUUAACAUACCAAUAGUGUAAAGUCAUUGAGUUUUAAUUAAUCUGAAACUGUGUUGGCAUCAUGUGGUUAUUCUCAUUUUAUAAUAUGGGAGAAAGGAUUGUAAGGGAAAUGGGAAUUUAAAUAUAAAUAGGAUGUUUCAUUAUACGGAAAUAAAAUCCAUUUCAUGAAUGAUUAUCAAUUUCUUUGGGUAAAUGGUUAUAAGGAUGAUAUUUUGAAUUCAAAUAAAACUAUUUCUUUAAUUAAGAAUAAUCAAUGUGAAGAUGAUUAUUACUUUCCAAUAAUACAUAAUAAAGAUAGAAAUGUGAUAUUGGUAAGACACAAACAUCAUAUCUAUUUGAUUAGACAAUUAAAUGAUGGCACAUUUAAUAUUCUUGCAUCAUUAGAUUCUAAAACUACAAAAACUUUUGGAACUAUCACCAAUAAUGCCUAAUAUUUACUAUUUUGGGAUAGGAAAUUUCAAAAAUAUUCAUCAUAUGAAAUAUAAUAUAAAUGA